AUGCACAUCAUUCCUUCCCAUAUCCUAAAUUACGAUAUGAAGAUGUCCAAUAAUACACUAGCAACCACAGGAGCUUGCUUGACACUCCUGUUUGGAAUUGCAAUUGUCUUCUCAAAAUGCUCCGGGGAGUUGCCGGGACUAUCAAUAGGAGCACCUAUUAAAAUUUCCAAAACCAAGAUUUCUUUCACCUCGUUUUUUCUCAAAAUCAAAUUGCUUUUCAUUGCUCUACAUAGAUUAACAUAUUAUCCAACGUGCAGAAAAUUUAAUCAAAUUCUAAUUGAAAGAGCCAAGAAUAUGAACGAAUCCGAUUCAGUAACUGUAAAAGUAAAGACCUUUUACUUCUCAAGGCAUGGAGAGUCGGUAUAUAACGACCUAACCAUCAAUAGAAAUGUAUUUAUAAUAAUAUUCAAAACCCUGAGACUCAUAUUAUUCGAAACACUUUUGUUAUUCACGAAUGAAGUUCUGACCUAUGAUUCCCCGCUGAGUACAGAGGGGAUCUCGAAAUCACUGAAUGCAGCCCAGUUUUUAUCAUCCCCAAAGAACCAAAAUGACCCUGACAUAGUACUGUUAAACGGAAAGUCAACAGUACCAUCAGUUCUUAUAACGUCAUAUUUGAGGCGUGCCCAAGGCACCGUUUCACUUUUGUUCCAGUCCCGCUUAAGCACCAAUGACGAAAAUAUUUUCAUAACUCAUGAAUUAGAUGAAGUUGUUAGGAACCCAGAUUGUAUUCCAAUGCACAGCGUCUUUGACUACAUCACAUUCCCACUGCUAGAACAACUGUACACUCCUCAGUCUUAUUAUCGAUACCUGAGGCUAAAGUCUGUUGAAGAUGAUCCACACGACAUCAUCAACCCAUACUAUAAAAUUUUGAGGUUCUUCGACAGGGUUUUCCACAGGUUCGACGAGGAUGUCAUUAUCGCAGUGGGACAUUCGAGAUGGAUAAGAUACGCCAUGAGAAUAUUCUUUCCGCCGGUAAUUUCAUUUUCACCUAAUUUUUUUCAGAACUCCGUUGAGUUUGACAUUUUGAACAAGAAGCUGACGAACAACGGGAUAAUCAAAGUCGACGUGCACUUGAAAAAGGUACUUUUUAACCUUUACAGUUCUUCAGAGUCCCAAUGGAGACCACAUGUACAUGUUUGA